ACCGUGUGAGUGUUGAGUGAGCCUUUUUCGGCUCUCAUACAAAAUUUCCAAAUGACAAAUUUUAAAUUCCUCUUAAAUAACAAUUAAAAAAUUCUAAUAUAAUUUACCAAGAUCUCUCAUCACGCAACAUACGAUUCAAUUCAAAAUGAAUCGUACAAGCAAACUGUUUUGGCCUGUUAUAGUGACACCCAAAGAUGCAGUUGUGAAAUCCACAGAAAUCACAUCACGCAGUCAAAAAUUAAUGUUAGAAUUGGGUCUAAUUAAAUCAUCAAACAAUGGAACAUUUCAAAUACUGCCAUUGGCACAAAAAGCAUUAGAUAAAUGCAUUGCUUUGGUUAACAAACACAUGACUGCCAUUGAUGCUCAGAAAAUCUCAUUGCCAGUGUUGACUUCUAGUGGUUUAUGGAAGAAAACAGGUCGACUUGACCAGGGAGUCGGUGAAUUCUAUCUCGUCAAAGACAGACAUGGCAAAGAGCACUUACUAAGUCCGACUCACGAAGAAGCUGUAACUUCAAUGCUUGCCAGUGCAGCUCCAAUCUCCUACAAACAGUUACCACUUCGUUUGUAUCAGAUUGGUCCUAAAUUUCGUGAUGAAUUGAAAACUCGCUUUGGACUUUUACGUGCCAAAGAGUUCAUCAUGAAAGAUUUAUACACAUUCGAUAGAAAUCUUGAAGAAGCUCAAAAAACCUACGAAGAAGUCAGUGAAGCUUAUUUGUCUUUCUUCAAGAAAUUGGAUGUUCCUUUUGUGAAAGUUGUCGCCAGUACUGGAAUCAUGGGUGGAAGUGUGUCACAUGAAUAUCAUUUUGUUUCCCGAACUGGCGAGGAUCGAAUUUUUCAAUGCGAAGCUUGUACUUAUUCAUCAAAUGAAGAGGCUUCUGGUGAGAUCAGAAAAUGCCCAAAAUGUCAAUCAUCAAUUGAAGAAACACGAGGAAUAGAGAUUGGACAUACAUUCCUACUGCAAGACAAAUAUUCAAAGCCUCUUGGAGCGACUUUCUUGCAGGCAAAUGGAAAGCCUCAAAAUCUAUCCAUGGGUUGCUAUGGCAUCGGUAUAAGUAGACUUUUGGCGGCAUCUCUAGAAGUCAAGUCCACCGAGAACGAGCUGAGGUGGCCAAAACUUUUGGCACCAUUUGAUGUUUGCAUAAUCUCAGCCAAGGAAGGAAGUAAAGAGCAAAAUGCAUCAUACAGCUACGAGGAGGAAUUGUUUAACAAACUGACCAAGAUUUGUGAUCAAGAUGAUAUUAUCCUCGAUGACAGGAGGCAUCUGACAAUCGGCAAACGCUUAAUGGAAUCAAAGAGAAUGGGUUACCCCGUCAUUGUUGUGAUAGGCUCGAAGAUUCUACAAUCGCCUCCUCUAGUCGAGCUCUAUAUCGAUGGUCAAGGAAGAGACGUUGAACUCAAUGAAGUCCUACGAGAGGUUAAUGCCUAUGUUAUGAGCAAAACCCAGUUAAUGAAUGAAGAAAAUAGUGGGGAUUCUAAUUUUAAUCGUAUUCUAUCUUAUAAACAAUAAACAAAAAUUAUAAGAAACAUGCA